GAAAUCCACCAGCUGUUGCAAAUCUCAAUCGAGAACAACCAAUGAGAAGUGAUAAAUGAUAAUCACACUGAACAAGUUCAUCUGUCAAUUUCAGUUGCCAGAAAACACCAGCUAGAUUUCAUUGUCAGUCCAAGUCAAAGGAUGGAUUUACUUGUUAAAAAAUAUAAACAAUGUCAGGCUAUAUUACCACACCUAUUUCAAUUCCAAAGGGCUAUGGGAAACAUAUAACCUACGAAAAAAAUUACGCAACUGUUAGGGUUUACAUUUUCCUUGUGAUCAGGCGACAGCAGUGCAAUCCCAUCGAUUUUUGCGUGGCAGGAUCCAAGGUUGAACAUGAAGGAUUUUGUCCUAACAAGCUGAAUUCCAAUCUGUGGGUUGAUGCGCAAAGCACCUGUGAGAGGGAAUGCAACGUCGAUGAGGACUGCGCUGGCUUUGAGAAAUGCUGCACCAACGUGUGUGGCCUCAACAGCUGUGUGGCUGCACGUUUCUCUGAUGGCACUCCUGCUCAGCCAGACGGGCAAGGUGGAGAAAAAGGAGGUGAUACCCCCGCCACAGCUACCUGUGAGGGCUUCAUCUGCAGCCAGCAGGGAGCAGUUUGUGACAUCUGGGAUGGACAACCCAUCUGCAAGUGCCAAGACCGUUGUGAGAAAGAGCCCAACUUCACCUGUGCCUCAGAUGGCCUCACCUACUUCAACCGCUGCUACAUGGACGCGGAGGCCUGUAUCCGUGGGGUGACUUUAACUGUGGUCACCUGCCGCUUCUACCUGGCUGGGCCUAACACCAGCCCACUGCCUCAGGACACCACUGCAAACCCUACUCCUACAUCCUCCCAUGAGGACCCUUUGCCCCCCACGUUGUACUCCAACCCUCACCAUCAGUCCAUCUAUGUGGGAGGCACGAUCAGCUUCCACUGUGAUGUUGUUGGAGUCCCUAGACCUGAUGUGACCUGGGAGAAGCAGAGUGAGCGGCGAGAACGUUUGGUCAUGAGACCUGACCAGAUGUAUGGCAAUGUUGUCAUCACCAACAUUGGUCAGCUUGUGAUUUAUAAUGCCCAGGUGUGGGAUACAGGUGUCUACACUUGCAUUGCACGAAACUCUGUGGGAGUACUUCGUGCAGACUACCCACUGUCUGUCAUUCGGCGGACUGAUGAUGAUUUCUCUGAAGAUCCCGAGAUGCCCAUGGGGCGGCCUUUCUCCCCCGCAGACUGCCUAGCUGAAGUAGACUUGAGGGUGUGCAGCAGUGAGCGUCACGUUGACUGGUAUUAUGACAGUAAACUGGGCUCCUGCAUGGCCUUCAGCAAUGGUGGAUGUGAUGAUAGCCGCAAUAGAUUUGAGACUUUUGAGGAAUGUAAGGCAUCCUGUCAGAGAGAAGGGAUGGGAAUCUGCUCCCUGCCUGCAGUCCAGGGACCCUGCAAAGCCUGGGAGCCACGUUGGGCCUGGAAUUCUAUCAUGAAACAGUGCCAAGCUUUUGCGUAUGGUGGCUGCCAUGGGAAUGCCAACAGCUUCCGCACAAAGAAGGAAUGUGAGGCAAACUGCCCUCAAGCCAAAAAGAAACCUUGUAAAACAUGUCGGGUGAAAGGGAAGAUGCUUCCAAGCCUAUGUCGGAGUGACUUUGCCAUUGUGGGGCGUCUGACGGAGCUGGUGGAGGAUCUGGAUUCUGGGUUAGCCCGCUUCAGCUUAGAAGAGGUCCUGAGAGAUGAAAAGAUGGGCUUGACUUUCUUUAACACCAAACACCUCGAGGUGACUAUUGCCAAGAUUGACUGGAGCUGCCCCUGUCCCAACAUCACCAUGGAGGAGAGCCCUCUGCUUGUGAUGGGUGUAGUUCAAGAAGGCAUGGCUAUCAUCCAAUCAGACAGCUACGUGAGAACCAUACCUGAACGCAGACUCAAGAGGCUACGAGAUGCUCUGGGUAAAAAGGCCUGUGAGACAUUGUAAGAGGGUUGGUAGAUGCCUUUACCUUCAGGACUGAAGAAAAGUAUCUGAGCUGCUUAAAGGAAGACUGAUUUUUAUAAGAUAAGUUCAGCAUCUGUUACUGACAAUAUUUGGGGCAAAUAUAUUUAGGACAGCACAGGUUGUACAACAUUCCAGAUGUGUUGCGAGUCUGGUGAAAUGCCCAUUUUUAACAUGUUUGAAUAUACAGUAUAUUGUUUCUUUUGUAUAUUAACCCUGUAUGUAUUUUAUAAGAAAAGGUAUCAAAAGGUUUCAAGAGGAACACACUCCAAACAACUUCAGGUGCAUGGCAAUAAAAGACUAAAAGAAAACUUAAAUGUAAACACACAAAAAUGUCCUUUAUGGGUCUUAAAUUCAAAGCAGUGGCAGGACAAGGACCAGAAAUAAAGACUCUUAAAGGACAUUUUUGUAUGCUGACUAUUCAGUUUUCAAAAACGAACACGUUCAGUGUGAAACCUCAACUGUGCUUAAGUGUUUCUUUUAUUAUGAUUAUUUUGUAUUAGGUUAUUGUUUUCAGUCAUUAACUUAAUUUUCUAACAUAGUUCCCCUUUGUUAUAAUGUAUCACUGAAUUACCUUACAACCAGUACAUUAACACAGAAAAAGACCUCCUUCUGUAAAGCACUUCUGCAGCCUGAAUUAAG